UACGCAUCAUCAUCAUCACCGGAAAAGGAAACAUGAAAACUCUUGGACAAAUUCUAUAUAUCAUACUGUAUUUGGGCUCAAUGAUGCUCUACAGUGCGUAUUCAGUGGCAAUAUCCCCACCGAGAAAACCUUUACCCGUGAAUCCUGUGAUACAAAAUCUCUAUGAUAAGUGUUGGAAGUCAAAUUUUGUGAAAUGUAACAAUAGUUUCCAGAAUGAAAUGUAAUCUCUCUUCAAAAGCGUCGUAUACAACUAUUGACGAAUAAUGAAACGACAAUCGGCUUAUGCUCGUUGUAAUGAUGUAAAGCUAGUCUCAAAAAUUCGUCAUUCAAGAAGUGAAAUACGAAAGGUGAUAGUAAUCUGUUUUCUAUCAAUCAUACCAUGGCCGGGACCCAGCGUGUUCAAGAUAUCCUGCUCUCGGGACAGCUCCCGUGUGGUACGCAAAAUAGUCCAAUCCAAAUGGUUGCCGAUACUGGAAAAGUACCAAGUCAAGUUACCACUGGAAUGUCCGUUUCAUCCCUUGCGCGAUAUCUUCAGUCCGCAGCAGAGUGCCAAGAAGCAAAACCGCCCGAGCCAGUGGACCUGCGGUUUCUGUGGUAAAAGCUUCUUCGAAGAGAAACAUCUGGACAUGCACUUCGAAAAUCGGCAUAAGAGUAAAAUCAACAUGGCCGAGGACGCAGUCUGCUUAGCCGACUAUUGCGAUAUGAUGCGUUGUGAAGUGCUUAUCGCGAAGGACGCAACGCUGUCAUUUGGUGUUGAUCCCAACAUGAUGUCUACCGAUAUCGAGGUUUGGAGUGAAUCGACUGCCUACAGGACUGCGCUCACUACAUCGGGUCCAAGAGAUUUGGCCAAGAUGCCCGUAAGGAAAUCAUUUCUUCCAAAAAUAUUGCAGACCAUCAAAAACGACCUUUUAAGUGAUCGCAAGACGUUACCAGCCAUAUUGGGAAGGAAGGAACGAUCAGUAAACUGCGAUAUGGUCGAUCCUAAAAAACGUCAGGUUAGCCCUUAUUCCGAAAACGAAGACAAGCACGAUUACGUAGUCGAAGUUGAGGAUGAUGAGGAUGAAGAUAUUAACGACGACGCUGAAGAUGACGAGGAAGAUGAUAAUGAUAACGAUAGCAAUACAACAUCGCAGUGCGAGCAAAAUCUAGUGGAUUCGUCGCUACCGCCUGUCGAUAAAAAACAACAGAAACUGUCAGAAAUGCAACGAAUGAAGGCCAACUGCAAAGCAGAGGAGCUGCAACACUUAAAGUCCCAGUGUGAAAUUCUAGUACGGGACUGCAUUGUGGGCUUACUGGUGCAAUUGUCCCUAGACGAUUUCAAAAGCAUGGAAGAAGAAAUGAAUCGUGCUGUCUGCUGGUAUUUAACAUGCGAACGGUAUUGGGAAGAUGGUGCGCUAGAUCAGCGACCCUUCCCCUGGGGAUUGGUGUUUGUAUUAGUGAUGGUGCUAUCGUUGGGAGUAUGUCUGUGCUAUUACAUCAUUUGGAUUUUGUUUGACAGUGAAGAUCAUAGCCCAAUGGGAAGUAAUCAAAUUACGGCUCACCCAAGCCCAACACAUGGUCGGCACUAUUUACAGCCACAGGCAACUAGUAUUUACCACCUGCAGGAUGGUGGACACUCGGCCACAAGUCUCAACAGUCUAGGUCAGAUAUCGAAUUUGAAUGUGGCAACGGUGGGAACAUCCAGCGGGACCGACCUUCAGCACACGCCACAAAUUCAUGCUACCCAAGUACCAUAUGGCGACGAUGGUGGGGGCUACGGAUACAGCGCAGGCGGAUCCAACGCUGUUGUUCCCGACGGGGCGUCUAUCGCCAAUACCUCAAUUGGGGGUGGAGAGUUCAGCGAACUUGGUCAAAGUGAACACUACAUCUACGUGACCUACCCACCAGAACUGAAACGAAGACUACUAGAAAGGAACUCAGCAUCCUUUCUAAGACACUCCAAAUAGAUGGUAUGCGAGGGAUUCGAAUGCAAAUCUGUGCAGCAUGCUACACCACCUCCCGCUAUGCAACUUUCUGUCCUUUACCUUUACGUUCUGUACCAGCAUAUCUGUGCGCCAUCUAAACUACAACUCAAAGAAAACUAGUAUUACUUUCAAACCUUCAAAUUCAAAGAAAAAAAAACUAGUUAGUAAAUCAAACAUUUUCUUUCUUUUUUCUUGUUUCAUUGGUUUUCUUUUCUUCUUUUAGCUGCUACAAUAGAACGACCCGUCUUUGAAAUUAGAUUGAGGCAGUGUUACAAUAGAGAAAGGUUUAGUGAUUGAACUAAAAUUGAAUUUACUCAUUUAAGAUAACUACUCACAACCUGCAGCUAGUAGCAAAGCUGUAAAAUGUAUGCGAACCAUAUAAUAAUAAACCAGAAGCCAGACGUACAUAGAAGCGUGAUAUAGAAUUAACUUGAGUACACAUUUUGUAUUUAACGUUACCAAUAGUUGCACAAAUGUCUGCUCGUAAACUUUUUUUCAGAUGACUUCGUACACUCAGUACUAGCUAGGAAAGGUAUUUCUAGACUCUAAAAGAUGCAUUGAUUAACAAGUAUCAUCUCGCAAAAUCUUGUAACUCACACCCUUUACUCAACAUUACAACUAAAUUGUGUACUGUAAACACAAACUUGACUUUAAACAUUAAUUGAGGUACCUUUCCUUUUUUUUUGCAAUACGGGCUUUAAUCAGGCACGGUGUAACUACUGGUAAACUAACAAGUACCAAAUUAAGAAAAACGGUUCUUCACACUGCACACUACGAAUACUAUUUAGUAGACGAAUGGACAGAAGUUUGACAAAAUGUCACAGUAAGAGCGCUUUUAUUAAAAUAAUAUUUAGAACGCAUUGCUUUGCAGAACCAGGCAAGUUAAACACAAAACGGAACCGAGAGGCACAAAUUUUAAGUUCACACAGUCUUAGCACGCAUGUCGUUUUAUCAGUUGUAGCUUAGUAGAACUGUGAUUAAUCAAAAUAGAUUUAACAAACUGUUUACUUUAGAAGCUGGAAACAUACACUUUCACAAAAUCUUCUUAGAUUACCGAUUUUCUACAAAGACCAAGCUAAAUGGUUUCUUCUAUGGUUUGCGCAAGCCUGUAACGGUUCGUCAUUUAAACUAUAAAGUACAAAGAGAAUGCUAGUAACGCAACUACAGACUCUCAAAUCUCGCUUCAGAAAUAGGCAAUACAAUGUCGGUUUUUUUCUCACAAUUUUUCAAUAGUUCAUAAAUUACUAAAAGUAAAACGAUUUAUUAUUUCGCCAAUUUCGACAAAAUAUACUUGAUUGUACGAAUCACUAGGAACAGAUAAUCAAUUUCCCUAUUUUGUAUAGUACAUAUAGUAUUUCCACUAUAGAUCCUUGUUACACUGACGACAAGUAUAAGAAAACCAAUUGAUGAGAUAGAAGAAUUAAAGAAUAGCAAAUGAAACCGAACACAUGUUCUAGAGUUGUAAGAGUUACUAACCGAAUAAAACAGAUAACACGAACGAGAUGGUUCUGAAUAAAUGAAAAUUUUUAAAACAGCCA